AUGACAACAACAGAGAACACAACAACUGCUAUCGUUCAUGAAGAUAUAAAUGAAGAAUACGAGUGGGUUCAGUAUAACAAACAGUUACGUCUCAUUCGUUCGGUCAAAGAUGACAUGUACCAAAUGCAAAGUAUUUUGAAUGCUCUUCGUUCUACAAAGCAAGCAUAUCAUUGGUUUGAAAACCAACAGACAAAAGAACUUUUAGAAGAAUUUCCUCAUAUGUUUGCGACCCUCGGAAAACCGAGGGUCGAGAUUCCGUACGAAAAUCGUCAAAAUUUGCCAAAUGGUUUGAGAGGUUGGUAUGUACAUAGACUUCUUGUAAAUGCUGUUGCAAUGUGGGCUUCACCUCGUUACGCUUGUUAUAUUUUCAUGAUGUUAGAUGAAAUUCAUAGACAAGAACGUGAAGAGAUGGAAAAGAAACUUCAAGCAAAAGAUGAAGUCAUUGAAGCAAAAGACAAAAACAUACAGAAAAGAAUACCACGUUCGGUACCAAAAGGUAAGGAAAAGAACUAUAAGUAUAUGAUUUAUACUGAAGAGAUGGAAAAUGAAGAAGACAGAGAUAUGGUUAUGUUGCAUUUAGUCAGAAGAAACAACAAAAGCUUUUACGACCUUGCUAAGAUUUACAAAUCUGACAGAAAUUG